AUGGUACAACCAGUGGGUGUUGUAGAGUUUUCAAGUAGCCAAGUGAGAAGGGGAAUGCCUGGGGCUGGUACUGCAGCUGAGAAAGUUGAUGGAAUGGAAAUGGUGAAGCGUGGAUCAGGGCCAUCCAGUGCAGUUGCAGAGGCAAAGAAGGAUAAGAGGGGAAAGGUUAUUGAGAGUACACAGGAUAAUGAAGAACAUAAUGUUGUAUUUGAAGAUACCAAUCAUUCAACACAUUUUGUCACAGAAUUUAUUAUUUUUGGAUUCCCAAGUCUUCAAAAAUUCCCCAUUUUGCUCUUUUGUAUCUUUAUUAUUAUUUAUUUAAUCACAAUCACAGGUAAUGCCAUCAUAAUUAUCCUUGUCCUUCUGGACCAGCAUCUUCAAACUCCCAUGUACUUCCUAGUCAGCAAUCUAUCCUUUAUAGAUCUUUGUUACACGACGGUUACUGUUCCAAAGAUGUUGGCCAAGUUCUCAAUGAAAUUGGACACUAUUUCCUACAGUGGUUGUUUCCUACAAAUGUAUUUCUUUAUUUCUUUAGCUGCUGCUGAGUGUCUUUUAUUGCCAGUUAUGGCGUUUGACCGAUAUAUAGCGAUCUGCGUUCCCCUUCAUUAUCACACCAUAAUGACCAAAAAGCUUUAUGUCCUUCUGUCUAGUGCUGCAUGGAUUGGAGGAUUUGCUGCUCCAGUUACUGUAUUAAUUUUAGCUUUGAAGUUACCUUUUUGUGGCCCUAAUGUAAUUAAUCAUUAUUACUGUGAUCAUCCACCAUUGCUCCAGCUGGCAUGUGUUGAUACUUCCUUAAAUGUAGCCGUUGGCUCAUCUUUUAGUGCUACUGUACUUGUUAUAAGUUUCAGUCUAGUUGUGAUGUCAUAUAUUAAAAUCAUAUCCACUAUUCUUAAAAUAAGUUCCCAUGAAGGACGCAAGAAAACAUUUUCCACUUGUGCAUCUCAUUUUGUGGUGGUAAAUUUGUUUUUCCUACCGCUUAUCUUCAUGUAUAUCCGACCAACUGCAACCUACUCUUCAGAUGUGGACUCUUUAGUUUCCAUGUUAUAUACAGUAUUAACUCCUAUGAUGAACCCAAUCAUAUAUAGUCUGAGAAACAGAGACAUUAAGACGGCAUUUAAAAAGAGGUUAAAACGGGUUUUCGUGAUCACCCUCACAGUAGCUGCCCAAGGGGAAAAUCCCUGUCAGUGGCGACUGGCGAGAUGUCUCAUAUUGAACGUAAUGGAGCUAGCUGGAAAUGGACUCUUCCCUCAGUAUAGUGAAGUUAGCAGUGAGCAAGGGGCAUCCUUUAAAAAUUAA